CAAGAGCACUCAACUCCAAUUCUCAUUAAGAACAAUGUCUUCUUCUUCUUCUUCAACCAAAUUUUGUUUCUUCGCUUGCCUCCUCCUAUUCACAUUUUCACACAACCUCGUGGCUGGACAAUCCGACAAAGUUAAGCUCAAUCUUUACUAUGAAUCACUUUGUCCUUCUUGUCAGAAUUUCAUCGUCCAUCAUCUAGGCAAAAUCUUUAACACCGAUCUCCACACAAUCACCGAUCUCAAGCUCAUUCCAUUCGGUAACGCUCAUGUUUCCGAUGAUCUUACCGUUACUUGCCAGCAUGGUGAAGAAGAAUGCAAAUUAAACGCCCUUGAAGCUUGUGCCAUAAGAACUUGGCCUAAUCAGAGAUUGCACUAUAAGUUCAUACGGUGUGUUGAAACUAACACGAAUGCUUGGGAAUCAUGUGUUAAGAAGUAUGGAGGCGAGAAAGCGAUUAAUGAUUGUUACAAUGGUGAUCUCUCUAAAGAACUGAUACUUGGGUAUGCAAACCAGACAUUAAGUUUAAAACCGGAGCAUAAAUACGUACCAUGGAUGACACUCAACGGCGAACCACUCUACGAAAAUAUUGGUGAUUUUGUGGACUUAGUCUGCAAAGCUUAUAAAGGAAAGGCUGCGCUCCCACAACUCUGUUAUUCCUCUGUCUUGUCACAGAGGACAAUGUUGAAACUUGCAUUCUCCUAUGUUGAUGAAGCUAUAAUUCACUAAGUUAAUAUAUAACUACUAAGAUGGAUUUAAGCUUACAUUAGUGGAAAAAAUAAAUAAAGACCUUUUUC